UGCCCCCCGUUUCUAUUCCCCCCUCCCGCAGCCCCCCGUCGCGGUGUCGGACGCUGGAUCCCCGCACCCUCUGCCGCCUCCCCCUGCGACCCCGGGGCUCAAGGUCUGGAUCCCCUGCAUCAGCUGGGGCAGUAACCUGCUGCCAUGGGGGUUAAAGCAAUGCUUCCCAACUACGAACUGGGCUUUUAUGCUCUCACCGUGACAUGUGCUGUGGUGUACAGUAGUAGUGAGAUCUUCCAAGCAUCCAGAGACAGCAUGAACAGAAAGGCCUUUCGGGAUGGCAUAAAGCCGGGCUGGCACUACUUCGGCAGGAAGAUGGAUGUGGCUGAUUUCGAGUGGGUGAUGUGGUUCACAUCAUUCAGGAACGUCAUCAUCUUCGCCCUCUCGGGGCAUGUCCUCUUUGGCAAGAUCUGCUCCAUGACAGUGCCACAGCACCGGGCUGUGGUGUACAUGCUGUAUGGGUUCUUGGCUGUGCUGAGCAGCAUGGGGCCCAUCUACCUGAUGAUCAUCCUCUCCCACUGCCUUGUCCUGUACUCCGUUGCCCUGGCCAAGCAGAAGUGGCUCUGCUACGUGGCUGGGCUUUGCUGUCUUGCCUCCUUCAAGAUGGAGCCAUUUAGCUCGUGGCAGAGCGGGUUCGUAACAGGAGCUUUUGAUCUUCAAGAUGUCCUUUUCUACGGAGGAAGUGGAUUCACCAUCAUGCGCUGCAUGAGCUUUGCACUUGAGAGCGCUGAGAAGAAAGAGGGCAUCUACUCCAUAUUUGACCUCCUCAAGUACAACUUCUACCUCCCAUUCUUCUUCUUUGGGCCUGUCAUGACGUUUGACAAGUUCCUUGCCCAGGUGAGCAAUCGAGAGCUAAGACGCAAAGAUGAUGAGAUGAAGAACAUCCGGGUCCAUGCCCUCAUCCACGCUGGGGCCAUCAUUGCUGUGGACAUCUUCUUCCACUUCUUCUACAUCCUCACUCUUCCUUCUGACCUGAAGUUCAUGAACCGCCUCUCAGACUGGUCCUUGGCUGGCCUGGCCUACUCCAAUUUGGUGUAUGACUGGGUGAAAGCUGCUGUCAUGUUUGGGGUGAUCAACACCAUUGCCAGACUGGACCAUUUGGACCCACCCCAGCCUCCAAAAUGCAUCACCAUGCUCUAUGUCUUCGCAGAAACGCAUUUUGACAGAGGGAUUAACGACUGGCUAUGCAAGUACGUAUAUGAUCACAUUGGAGAGAACCAUGAAAACAUCAUUAAGGAGCUGGUGGCCUCCAUCGCCACCUUCGCAGUCACCACUCUGUGGCUAGGACCGUGUGAGAUCAUUUACAUCUGGUCUGUCUUCAACUGCUUUGGCCUCAACUUUGAGCUUUGGGUACAGAAGUUCUUUCAGCAGGCACCCUUUGCCAAACUGGAGGCCAAAAUGUCAGGGGCCAUGUCUCGGCGGAUUCGGGCAGUUUUUGGGGCUGUGAAUUUCUGGGCCAUCAUCCUCUUCAACAUCCUAGCCCUCAACAGCCUGGAGUUUGCGCUGCUGGUGACCAAGAGACUUCUCCAGACAGGUUUCCCUGUCAGCACCUUGUCCAUCUGGUUCAUCACAUACUGUGGAGUGCAGCUGAUCAAAGAGCAUGAGCGCAUCCUGGCCAUCAAGGAGGAGAAGAGUGACAAAGCAAAGGCGGAGUAGAGGGAAGCAUCAGCAGGCUUGUCCCAAAGCCUCAUCCCCCUUCCAGCCACUGCUGACAGGCCAGCCACUGGCUGGGGCUCUCCAAACACUCCUGACAAUCGAACUGCUGUAUCUUACCCAUGUAGAAGUCACCUGGAAAGCACAGGUCACCCCCUUGCUGCAGGAAGGAUUUUCUGUGAGACACAGUGGGCAUUUUGCAGGCUCCCCAUGUGUGACAGACUCCUGAGGUAGGUUCCCAGGGCAUUUCCUUGAUGCUAGAAAGAGCUGUCCCCAUAAUUCUUCUGACCCUCUGACAUGGUGCAGGAGAUUUCACCCCUUUCUUCCAGGGGUUCCACCAGCACGCAGCUCUCCCCCAGGAUCUGCAGCCCAUGUCUCACAGAGGAGACUCUCUAAGCUCCACAACUGGAGGUUUUAUGGUGGUCCAGACACACAGCUAUGAGAAAGAGAUUAGCUGGUGCUAAGCUUGCUCUAAGCAGACCACCUCCAGCUCACUUCUAGCCCAAGAAUCCCAUGUUUCCUUCACUACAAGAAGUGGUCAGCAUCCACUGUCAAGUGCUGAGCACUUACGUUUGUGCAGUAAGCAUUGUGAAGUGGCUCAGCACAAUCUAUUCCUGCCAAGUACCUAGAAAUAUAUAGUACAGUCUUUAUAGCAAAGGGUAGGAAGACCAGGAUGUCUUUAACACCCAUUGAAGGGUAUUAUCUCCACACCACUGACAGCAGUGUGGAGUGAGCUGUUACAGCCUCUGCAAAACAGGUCUCCUCAGUACUAAAUGUCUUGAAAAAGUGAUUUAAUGCCAACAUCAGGCACAGUUAAGGAGAGUGCAGGAGCCACGCUUGCUUCACAGCCAUCGUGUAUCGCAUACAAGUCACCUGGGGACUUGCUGAAGAAACACAACACAUGGCUCACAGCUGCUUGGUCCCCAGUGCAAACCCAAAGGGCUCUCCACUGCCGGAUCUCAGGCCGAUGUGGCCACCAUGACCAUCUGCUGUGAUAUAUGUUCCGGAACUCAAAGCGAAUCCCACUUGCAGUUUUCAAAUGCCAUGGACAAAGAGUUAAGCUCGCAUUCCUGUCCAUGGCUGAAGAUGCUGUAGCCAGCUCUUGCUCAUCUCCAGCCAUGCAUCCCUCAACUGACUUUGGAGCACACAGCCUAAGCCCAUGACUGCAUGGCUGAAUGAGCUCACACGCUUAUAUAUAACCAAAGCAGAAAGACCCUGAAUGAAGGGCAGUGAUCUGGGGUUG